AUGCUAAGAAGAUCAUACCAUUCUGGAAAAGCACUUGAUACCGACCUUAGACACCUGAUCAUAGACGAGUGUAUAAACUCUGGUGGUGAUACGAUUUCUGGAUAUUUGCCUGUCACGUAUGUGUCAGUAGCGAGCCAGUUUAACGUUGCUGUGAGUACAGUUUCAAAAAUUUGGGAAAAUUUUUGCUUCAGAGAACGACGAGUUGACCCGUUACCUAAGGGAGGAGAUCGUUGUAGCAAGCUGUCCGACGGAGAUCUCGAACUUAUAGAGUUUCUUAAGACAGUGAAAGGUUCAAUACAGAUCAAAGAGUUGUAUUCUGUGUUGGAAGAG